AUGAAUUUCGGAAACAGAACACCUACGAUUGUUGUACUAAAGGAAGGUACAGAUGCAUCUCAAGGUAGAGGCCAAAUUAUCUCUAACAUCAAUGCUUGUAUAGCAAUUCAAGAGACUUUAAAACCAACCUUAGGUCCACUAGGCUCUGAUAUUCUAAUUGUCUCAUCUAACCAAAAGACAACCAUUUCAAAUGAUGGUGCUACUAUUCUAAAAUUACUGGAUGUAGUUCACCCGGCAGCAAAGACAUUGGUAGACAUAUCCAGAGCUCAGGAUGCCGAAGUUGGGGAUGGCACAACUAGUGUUACUAUAUUAGCUGGUGAGCUAAUGAAGGAAGCUAAACCAUUUUUAGAAGAAGGUAUUUCAUCUCAUAUCAUCAUGAAGGGUUACAGAAAAGCCGUAGCCUUGGCCAUCGAGAAAAUCAAUGAGUUAGCUUUGGAUGUUUCUUCUGAAGAUCAAGGUAAUAGAGAGUUAUUAGAACGUUGUGCCAGAACUGCUAUGAGUUCAAAGCUGAUUUACAAGAACGCUGAUUUCUUUGUUAAGAUGUGUGUUGAUGCCGUCUUAUCACUUGAUAGAGAUGACCUUGAUGAUAAAUUGAUUGGUAUAAAGAAGAUUCCAGGUGGUGCCAUGGAGGAGUCGUUAUUUAUUGAUGGUGUUGCAUUCAAGAAGACAUUUUCAUAUGCUGGGUUUGAACAACAACCAAAAUUUUUUGAAAACCCCAAAAUUCUAAGUUUGAAUGUCGAACUAGAAUUGAAGGCAGAAAAGGACAAUGCGGAGGUUCGUGUGGAACAUGUUGAAGAUUAUCAGGCUAUUGUUGAUGCCGAGUGGCAGAUUAUCUUGGAUAAACUAGAACAAAUUGAACAAACUGGUGCUAAUAUUAUUUUAUCCAAACUACCAAUUGGUGACUUGGCCACACAAUACUUUGCUGACCGUAACAUCUUUUGUGCAGGUAGAGUAAGUACAGAUGACAUGGAUCGUGUUAUAAAGGCCGUCGGUGGUUCUAUUCAAUCUACCACUACGGAUAUCAAGGCUGAGCAUCUAGGUACCUGUGCUAAAUUCGAAGAAAUGCAGAUCGGUUCCGAACGUUAUAACUUGUUUAAGGGUUGCCCACAAGCUAAAACUUGUACUCUGCUACUGAGAGGUGGUGCAGAACAAGUCAUUGCCGAAGUUGAAAGAUCUCUACAUGAUGCCAUCAUGAUUGUGAAAAGAGCUCUACAAAAUAAAUUUGUUGUUGCAGGUGGUGGUGCUAUUGAAAUGGAAAUUUCGAAGUACCUAAGAGAUUACUCCAAAUCUAUCGCUGGUAAGCAACAAUUGAUUAUUAGUGCAUUUGCUAAGGCAUUAGAAGUUAUCCCAAGACAAUUAUGUGAAAAUGCAGGUUUUGAUUCUAUUGAGAUUCUAAAUAAAUUAAGAUUAGCUCAUAGUAAGGGCGAAAAAUGGUAUGGUGUUGAUUUUGAAGCUGAAAAUAUUGGUGAUAAUUUUGCCAAAUUCGUUUGGGAACCUGCUUUGGUGAAAAUCAAUGCGCUAAACAGUGCUACGGAGGCAACAAACUUAAUUCUUUCUGUAGACGAAACUAUUAAGAACCAAGAAAGCCAGGGUGCUAAUGCAGGUAUGAUGCCACCUCAGGGUAGAGGGAGAGGAAUGCCAAUGCCAAUGCAAUGA